CAUGGCGGUGCCGCCGCCGCCGCCGCCGGGCCCCGAGCAGGCCCCGCGGUACCAGGAGUGGAUCCUGGACACCAUCGACUCGCUGCGUUCGCGUAAGGCGCGGCCGGACCUGGAGCGCAUCUGCCGCAUGGUGCGGCGGCGGCACGGCCCCGAACCCGAACGCACCCGUGCCGAGCUGGAGAAGCUGAUCCAGCAGCGCGCCGUGCUCCGCGUCUCUUACAAGGGCAGCAUCUCGUACCGCAACGCCGCCCGCGUGCAGCCGCCGCGCCGCCCGCCGCCGCCCUCCCGCCGCCCGCCGCCCGUCAGCCUCCGCGACACCGCGCGGCUGCUCGGCGGUGACGGCCGCCUCACCCGCGGCCGCCUCCAGGGCUCGGCCGCGCCCGGCGGAGCUGGGGGAGCGGCCGGGGCGGCCCCCGGGGCGGGCGGCGGCGGCGGCGGAGCGGGCGGCGGCGGAGCUGGCGGCGGGGCCCGGCCAGAGCGCACCCGGCUGGGCGCCAUCGCCACGGCCCGCGGAGAGCGCGGGAGAGCGGCCGCGGGGAGAGCGCGGAAGCCCCCCUGCAGCAGCAGCGAGGCCUCGGCACGGGAGGAAGAGGAGGAGGAUGAGGAUGAGGAUGAGGAAGACGAGGAUGGGACGGGCUCGGAGGCCUCGGAGGAUGCAGGGCCCCCCCGGCAGCUGAACGGGGAGGGCCGGGGGGGGCCCCCACUGCGCCCCCCGGGACAGCCACCCCCUGAACGGCCCCCCCAGCCCAAGGCCUGCGCCCCAGGGGAGGGGGGCUGCCAGCACAUGGCACCCCUCAAAAAGGAGGGAGCAUUUGGGCAGCCCGACAGAGCAGUGUCCCCAGCGCUGGCAGGGGCAGAGCCCUCAGUGCCGCUGUCCCCUGGCCGGCCGGGCCCCCAGGCUGCUGAGGGGACCCCGUUCAGCUGCACGGCUGGGCGCAAGGACAAGGCCGUGGAUCCUGUGGAGUGGUCAGUGCGGGACGUGGUCGAGUAUUUCACCGAGGCCGGCUUCCCCGAGCAGGCUGGGGCCUUCCAGGAGCAGGAGAUCGACGGCAAGUCACUGUUGCUAAUGCAGAGGGCCGAUGUUCUCACGGGUCUCUCCAUCCGCCUGGGCCCUGCUCUCAAGAUCUAUGAAUACCACGUGAAGCUGCUGCAGCGCAGCCACUUCCAGGACGAGGAGCCCCCCCCGGAGCCCUUCCCGGCCUGAGAACCCCCCCCAAACUCCACGGGGGCACCCCCAGACGCAUGGGACACCCCAAGAUCCGGGAGGGCUCCUCCCUCCCCUUGCUGCUGCACACAGAGACUUUGGGGGGGGGGUCCCAUCUCUUUUUGGGGAGUCCCCACCUCUCUUUGAGGGGGUCC